AUGAAAUACAGAUAUCACAAUUGUGUUGAUCAGGCACAACAUAACAUUUCAUUUUGUGCUCACGUUUGUGCUAUCAUACGAUUUUUUCUAGGAAAGUUGUUUGAUUUGAGAAACAACGACGAUAUUGAAGCAGUUCUGGACAUUUUAGACGAGUCCGAUGCUUACUUCAGUGAAGACGAUGAUGCUGAUGAAAUUUUGACCGCUUUAAAUGUAAAUACAGGAGCUGAGAGUAGUGAUGAAAACAUCUCCAGUGAAUAUCUUUUUGCGUUUCCAAAUGAUCACCUAAGUGAAGCGGUAGAGCAAUCAAACUCCAUCGAACAACCAACAACAUCAAAACAACCAUCGAUUGGCAAAUCCAAUACACUAAAUAGCCCAGAAUUAUGGAAAAAUAUAUCAUUCCAGAAUACAGAACUUCCUACAACUUCCAGUUGUCAAAAUUAUAUAACUUCGAAAACGCCGUUAGAAUAUUUUAAAAACUACUUUCCGGACUCGCAUUACCAAGAUGUUGAAAAAUACACCAAAAUGUAUGUAAUGGGUAAGAGUGGUGAGGAAGUUCGUUAUGUUCCAACAGACAUUAAAAGAUUCUACGAAUGUUCAAUUAUAAUGGGCUACCUUGGUUAUCCAGCCAUAAGAAUGUACUGGUCAAAUGAAUGCAAUAUUCCUGCCAUAUUCAACUCUAUGUCCCGAGAUAAAUUCCUGCAACUUCGAUCAGACAUACAUUUUCAAGAUUACUCUGCACCAAACCCAACAAACAAACUUUGGAGAGUUCAAUCAGUCAUUGAUACGGUAAGAAAGCGGUGUAAUGAACUAGCUACUGAUAUAACAAACUAUUCAAUUGACGAACAAAUGAUACCGUUUACGGGAAGAUGCUCUGCUCGUCAGGCAGACAUAAUUGCAGGCAAAGUAAAUUUAUAA